AUGUCUAAUCAACAGCAGUCGUAUACUAUUUGGUCUCCUCAAGACACCGUGAAAGAUGUUGCCGAAUCCUUAGGGAUUGAUAAUAUUAGUGAAGAUGUGUUGAAAGGUUUGGCUAUGGACGUUGAGUAUCGUAUAUUAGAGAUUAUUGAGCAAGCAGUUAAGUUUAAGAGGCAUUCUAAGAGGGACAUUUUAACAACUGACGAUAUUUCAAAGGCUCUUAGGGCAUUAAAUGUUGAACCUUUAUAUGGUUAUCAUGAUGGUUCGGCAAUAAAUAAAAAUAUAUCAUUUAAUAAAGUUAAUGCUUCUGGUGGACAGUCUAUCUAUUAUUUGAAUGACGAGGAAGUAGACUUUGAUAAACUUAUUAACAAUACUCUCCCUCAGGUUCCCCGUUUACCUACUUUUACUACACAUUGGUUAGCAGUUGAAGGUGUUCAGCCGGCAAUUGCGCAAAAUCCAAACUUAAAUGAUAUAAGAAUUUCACAACCUCCUAUUGUAAGAGGUGCUAUUGUCACUGCAUUAAAUGAUAAUAGUUUACAGGCUUCAUCUUCAUCUGCGGAAUCGAUUUCAUUGUCAGAAGAUAAGAAUUCCAGUCGUUCUUCCGCUGUUAAACCGGGCCAUAAUACUGAGGUUAAACCUUUGCUAAAACAUGUUCUAUCAAAAGAAUUACAAAUUUAUUUCAACAAAGUCGUUGCUGCAUUGACUUCCACUGACACUUCAGAUCCAAAUGCUCAGUAUAUGAAAGCAGCUGCAUUAUCAUCAUUAAAAACAGAUAGUGGUCUUCAUCAAUUGGUUCCAUAUUUUAUACAAUUUAUUGCUGAACAAAUUACCCAUCACCUAUCUGAUUUGGACCUUUUAACCACCAUAUUAGAAAUGAUUUAUUCUUUAUUAAGUAAUGAGUCCAUUUUCUUAGAUCCAUACAUCCAUUCUUUGAUGCCAUCAAUCUUAACAUUGUUGUUGGCAAAAAAGCUUGGAGGUUCACCAGCAAGUGACUCCAAGGAAGAUAUACAAGAACUACUGGAGAAGGCCAAUGCAUUGCGUGAUUUUGCUGCCUCUUUGCUAGAUUAUGUUUUGAAGAAGUUCCCACAAUUUUAUAAAUCAUUAAAACCUCGUGUGACUAGAACUUUACUAAAGACAUUUUUAGAUACAAAUAGAGUUUUUGGUACUUACUAUGGUUGUCUACGUGGUAUAUCUGUACUGGAAUCGGAAUCUAUUAGAUUUUUUUUGGGUAACCUAUGCAAUUGGUCAAGAUUGGUUUUCAAUGAACAGAAUUUAACUUUAGAGAAUGUUGAUACAAAUAAAAAUAUGAAGUUUACACCAGAAGAAACAAAAUUCUUGGUGGAAACCGUCAUUAAAAAUUUAUUGAUCUUGAAGAAGGAUCUUCCGGAGGUUUAUGAAGGUAAAGAUGAACCAGUGACAGAUGAUGAAAAGGAUAAAUUAGUAAAGCGUUUUGGUGUCACAAUAUCAAGUGCUAUAAUAAAGAGAGAUGAUGCCAAAGAAAUUAUAUGUGCCGUAUUUUUUGGUGAAGAUUAA